AUGAUUCGAUGGGCCCGAGACAAGGGAUAUCCAUGGGAUUCUUCAGUCUGCGCUGAUGUUGCCCGAAAUGGCAAUUUGGAAUUGCUGCGGCUGGUUCGAGAUUAUGGCUGUCCAUGGGGAGCAUCUACUACUGCUAUGGCUGCCCAAGGAGGCCAUAUUGCCUGCAUGUUAUGGGCCCAUAGCCAAGGUUGCCCAAUGGAUGAAACGGCAUGUGCGAUGGCCGCUGCUGGUGGGCAAGUGGAGGUUCUCGUUUUCUUGUAUUCCGGUGGCUUUCCUUGGGAUGAAACAACCUGUACCAUGGCCGCCAGAUAUGGACAUUUUCUCGAACUAGUAGAGAGUAUGCCCAUGAUCAAGGUUGUCCAUGGGGUGCAGCAACAUGUGCUGCUGCUGCCGAAGGAGGCUAUUUGGAAAUCCUACAAUAUGCCCAUGAGGAGGGCUGUCCAUUGGAUGAACGAACAUGUGCUAUGGCUGCUUCUUGUGGACACUUGCGUGUUUUGCAGUGGGAUAGAGCCCAUGGAUGCCCUUGGGACAAGACAACUCUUCAGAUGGCCGAAGACAGUGGACAUUUGGAAGUGGUACAAUGGGCCCGUGACAAUGGUUGCCAGUAAUACUAGCCUGGUUUGUUUGAUAUCCUCGCUGCAGAAUUCAGAAUUCAGAAUCCUCAGGUCGUCCGUAGAAAUUAAAAAUAAGCCAUGAGCUUGCAUUGGGAAGCUGUAACGGAUAGCCAUCAUGUCUUUCAAAUCGAAUGGAACGUUACCUGUACGAGUACUUGACAAUCUAGACAAU